GCCUCGGCUGGGAUCCUCUAGGGCUGCCCGCCCGCGUCCGCCGCGAGGGGUUGCCGCGCGGAGCUCCGGACGCGGGACUGGGAGGCGGAGAGAGCGGCCUAUUUAGGGCGCGCCGCGGGCGAGCUGUGGGGCCGCGCGCAUGGCUGCCGUGGGGGACGAGGUGCUGGGCGCCUUCAUGUACCCGACGUGCGCCCCCUACUCCUAUCCCUUCCCCUACCCGCCGGCCGCCAAGGGCGCCGAUGGCUGGCGGCUCCGCGGCGGGGGCCACCCGCCUGCCUCGUCCUCCUCCGCGGCUGGGGUGGCCUCGUCGUCCUUCCCGGGCCACGGGCAGCUGACGGCCGCCGAGUACUUCGACAGCUACCAGCGCGCGCAGCUGCUGGCGCUCCUGUCGCACGCGAGCCCGGGCUUCGGGCCGCGCCCCCGCAGGCCCAGCUGCCGCGACGUGGGGGUGCAGGUGAACCCGCGGCGCGACGCCUCGGUGCAGUGCGCGCUCGGGCGGCAGACGCUGCCGCGCAGGGCCCGCGAGCCCGGGACCCCGGCCGCACCCGCGCGCUUCCCGCGCUCCCUCGCCGUGUACUCGCCCGUGGUCUCGCGCUACCUCACCGCCUGCCUGGAGGAGGCCCCGGGCGGCGCGGCGGACCCCGGGCCGCCGGAGGACCACGAGGGGGCGGCGAGGAAGGCGUCCCUGCCAUCCCGGACCGGGGAGGAGCGGCGCGAGGAGGAAGACGCCGGGGCCCGGCCGCCGUCGCGGGAGGCUCCAGCUGAGGAGGCGGCCCCGCAGCCCACGCCGCGGCCCCCGGAGCAGCCUCCUGCGGUGGGGAGCGCUGGGGAAGGCGGGGCCGCCGCCGCCGCCGCCGCGCAGGAGAGGUCGCCGCCGGGCGCCGAGCCGGCCAAGGAGCGCCUGCGCUUCCAGUUCUUAGAGCAGAAAUACGGCUAUUAUCACUGCAAGGACUGCAACAUCCGCUGGGAGAGUGCAUACGUGUGGUGUGUACAGGGCACAAACAAGGUUUACUUCAAACAGUUUUGCAGAACUUGUCAGAAGUCUUACAACCCUUACCGAGUGGAGGAUAUCACCUGUCAAAGUUGUAAAAGAACUAGAUGUUCCUGCCCAGUAAGACUGCGCCACGUGGACCCCAAACGCCCCCAUCGUCAAGACUUGUGUGGGAGAUGCAAAGGCAAACGCCUGUCCUGUGACAGCACUUUCAGCUUUAAAUAUAUCAUUUAGCGCAUGUAAAAAAUGGUUCUGCAUGUGUGCUAAGGGAGCAGACAAGUGAGCUCUCUCCUUGCCUUCUCUCCACCUCUCCUUCCUUAAAAUACUUCCUGAGAGGCAAUGUAUUUGGACAAAGCCUUCAAAUAAAGGUAUUGCAAAAGUU